AUGGCGGCAAACGUUGAGGCUGAGGCGCCUCACAACACCUUUGACACUAUCCUUCUGUUGGACUUUGGCUCUCAAACCUCCCACCUGAUCCUUCGUCGGUUGAGAAAUGAGGCCCGAGUGUACUGCGAAAUGCUGCCAUGCACCACUAAGCUGGCGGAGCUUACCUUCAAGCCCAAGGGAAUCAUCCUCUCCGGUGGCCCGGCAUCCGUCUACGAUAAGGACGCACCUCACGUUGAUCCCGCCAUUUUUGAUCUCGGUGUCCCGAUCUUGGGUAUCUGUCUUGAGCUUGCCUGGAGAAUCGACUCUGCCAACGUCGCUGGUGGACAGAUCCGAGAGUAUGGCCAUGCCGAUGUCACCAUCCACAACGGAGCCAACUCCCACGCCAACCGUCUCUUCGCCGGCCUUGGAGAGACGAUGCACGCUUACAUGAGCCACUUUGACAAGCUUGUUAAGCUGCCCGAGGGAUUCGAGGUGAUUGCCAGCACCCAGAACUCCGAGUACGCCGGAAUUGCCCAUCAGACCAAGCCCAUCUAUGGCGUCCAGUUCCACCCGGAGCUGGAACACACACCCCGCGGUAUCGAGAUCCUGCGCAACUUUGCCAUCGAGAUCUGUGGAGCCCAGCCCAACUGGGAGAUGAAGGACUUCAUUAAGAAGGAGAUUGUCCGCAUCCGCCACCUUGUCGGUGAUCGUGCCCAGGUCAUUGGCGCCGUCUCGGGUGGUGUGGAUUCGACCGUUGCGGCCAAGCUCAUGCAGGAGGCAAUUGGUGAUCGCUUCCAUGCAAUUCUGGUGAACAACGGAGUCAUGCGUCUGAACGAGUGCGAACAGGUCAAGGAGACCCUUGACGAGCAUCUCGGCAUCAACCUGACUGUCGUCGACGGAGCUGAGCUGUUCCUUAGCCGCCUCAAGGGUGUCAACGAGCCCGAGAAGAAGCGCAAGAUCAUCGGAGCCACCUUCAUCGAUCUCUUCCAGCAAGAAGCUCUUCGGAUCGAAAAGGAGGCCGAGAACACUCCCAACGCCGGCCCGGUUGAAUGGUUCCUGCAAGGCACUAGUGUCUCCUACAAAGGACCAAGUGCCACGAUUAAGACCCAUCACAACGUUGGAGGCCUUCCUGAAACUCUCAAGUUGAAACUGAUUGAGCCGCUCCGAGAACUGUUCAAGGAUGAAGUCAGAGAAUUUGGCCGGGAGUUGGGCAUUCACAGAGACCUCGUGAUGCGUCACCCUUUCCCUGGUCCCGGUCUUGCGAUCCGAAUUCUGGGUGAGGUUGACGCUGAGAGAGUCGCCAUCGCUCGUGCCGCGGACCAUAUCUUUAUCUCUGAGAUUAGAGCGGCCGGCGUGUAUGACGAGAUGAGCCAAGCCUACGUUGCCAUCAGCAAAGACCGAGCUGUCGGUGUCCAGGGCGACGCUCGAGUUUACGGAUACAUUGCCAUCCUUCGUGCCGUCAAAACACUUGACUUCAUGAGCGCCGAGCCUUACAACUUUGACUUUGCCCUGCUCAAGAAGAUCUCGACGCGCAUCGUCAACGAGGUGGAGGGCAUCGCACGUGUGACUUACGACAUUACGAGCAAGCCUCCUGGAACUAUCGAAAUGGAGUAA